AUGCCACUAAGAUGGAGCGUGCCCAGGCGCGGGAAGCUGGAGAGCAAGGGGUUGAGGGCGUUAAUGCAGGACCCCAGAGGUAUACAGAGGCUUAAGAUCGUCCUAGAGAGAUCGCGGCUGAAAGGAAAAUGCUCGUCAAACUGUUCAUGUCAACCCACAAACUGGAGAUCUCAAACAAUCUCCUUAACUGCUCUUGAAGAAGUGGAAAUCAAUGGCUUCGAAGGACAGGAACAUGAGUUUGAUUUAUUGAAAUUAAUACUCAAAUGUGCACCAGUGCUUAAAAAGAUGAUACUGCAGCUGUCACGGGAGGCCUCAUCUAAUAACAGUGGAAGCACUAAAAUAUAUGACAUCUGCAGAACCUAUUCUUCAGUGGACUUCUUUGUUUAUGAGAGCUCUAGGCUAAUGCAUGGCGGCCAAAUUUAUCCAUUGACAUGAUUCCUGUCCUUACAUUGGCGGAUUCAAGUGCUCAUCGACAAACAUCACCCUUUUCCCAUUAUGAACAAUCAAUUACCUAGUCUCAAGACUUUGUUCGGUUGCUUGGACAGAACUUAUCAUGUGCAUGUUGUAUUACCAGUGUA